AUGAUGCGAAGUUUUUGGCAGCAUGUCAAUAAGCCUGGGGCUCGAAAGAGGUUGCUCAAGAAGGCUCACACUGUUGAUACACGAGGUGACGAGCGAAAACGGCGGGUUGCGCAGGCCAACUAUGAUAAGGAGCGGGUGAGGAAGAAUAAGCAGCUGGAUGUGCAGAGGAAGGGACGGCGGAAUGCUGCCAAGGCUAAGCUCACUGCAGUAGUGCCUCGUUUGACCCUUGCGGAAGUCGAGAAGCUCCGCAUCGACGAAAUUAACCUGCAGAUCCGGUGGCAUCGACAGUUCGACAAGGAUGUCCCUGCUGCAAAAAACACACCAUCAGGAAAGGCAAAGAGAAUUAAGGUGUUAAUGGAUGCAGUUGGGCGCUAUGUACGAGGUGAAAUGCACCCCAAAAACGACACGCAGGAGUCGAUGGAGCAGUCAGACGGCAAUGAUGCUCAGGGGAUGCCCAGAUGUGAGGAUGAGCAUGAUGAUGAGUGACCUUUCCUUUUUGACUGUGG